CAUGGCAAUCAUAGAUGAAAAUCCACGGACUCUCCGAGACUACGUCGACAAUGCAAGUUAUGGCACCCUCAUGGACUUCCAGCAUGAUGCAAUCCCCGCAUUGGAACGAGGUCGCUUCAAUUGCAUCCUGCGUUUUCCCGGCUCGUUCAACCCCCCUCAUCUCGGCCAUCUCGAGCUACUCAAUCGCUGCUUCGAGGUGGGUAAAGCCUGCUUCAACGUCGUCGGGGCAUUCAUCGAACUGCGCCCGGAUCAUGAGGUCGCUCGGAAGCUGGCGCAUUACCGCCAGACGGGCGUCAUCGCAGAGGCGGACCGGGUACUAUUGUGGCGCGCACACCCUGAAUUCCCACCGUGGGCCUUCGUGGUCGGCUCGAACUCGUCCCCGGUAUGGUAUCGAGAUCUCGCGAAUGGUCUGUCCGCUGAUGGGUUUGCGUACCGGUGGCUGAGCAUCCGAGGACCGGACUGUUUGGAAUACGGAGAAGCGCGGGGUUUGAAGUUGUACCAUGACACGCUGGUGAGCAACGUCGCGAGGGAGUCGAACUUUGUUCUUCCAGUUGGAUUGCGAAAGAUCGCAGGAUAUGGCGAGUGGGAGGCGUUAACUUGGAAGGACACCAGUCUGGGGGAUCUCCCUCGGAUGGUGCGCGAACUCCAGGACAGUAUCGGCGAUAUCAGUCAUCUGCGGAGGGCCGUCAAGGUGUGUCAUCCGAUCAAGCAAGGCCGGGGUGUCAUAUAUUACGUGCGACCCGCGUAUAAGCUCGGCACGAUCAGUUCGACUAUGGUUCGUGAGGUGAUGAUAAAGCACGCCGGGGACGAGCUCAUUCGAGAAUUGAGGAAGAUCACCUUGAGUCCUAAGAUGCUGCUAUCAUUUCAUCACCUAUUCUCCUCGUUGCCCUCGAAGAGGGUGGCCGUAUUGCGGAAUGGCAAUAACCUCGCUACGGAAGAUGAAGAUAUCAACAUGGAGGAUGGGACACCGGACCUGGCCAGGCUGCAGAGAUUGGUGGAGGAAGCGCACCUACGCAACGAACAAAACCUUGCGAAGCAAGGGAAGGCAUCCAAAACAUCCGUCUGCCUUGGAUGGAGGAAGGAAAGGAGUACAUCGCAAUCAAAAACACUAGGCAAGACACGAACAAACGGGAUUUCGAAGAGCAAGCAGCAUCGAGCAAAGAUUCCCGAACCGAAGAGCGACUCCGAGCUACUGUCAGGGCUAUAAAUCAUACUAAACGGUUCCAGAGCCUGGUAAUCUGAGUCCUAUCGAGUAUCAAGCAUGCUAGAGUGUUAGCCUACAUGGCCAUGAUGGACAACGUUUCGUCAUUUGUGCUUCCUAGGGUGCUGAGAGGGAGGGACUGGAUGACGGAGGAAGAGGGAAAGGAAAUAGCAUGAUGUUCGACAGAAAGCAUACAAGCAGAAGAU